ACCAGCCGCCCCGCGGCCCCGGCGGCGCCCCGAUUCCAAAUCCCAACACCCAACAGUGUUCCGCGAAAUUUUCCCCAGAUUCGCCUGCGCAAAUGGAACCAAAACACCGAAAUCCACCACUCCCUCCACUCCUCUCCAUUCAUUUGCGCGCAAAACUCAAAUCUUGGAAAGGGAUCCCGGCAUCUCCUUCCUCGGGUACACCUCUCAAAUACCCAUGGCCACUCCCCGUUCCGCAAUCCCACCUCCAGCGUCGUCCAGCCUCGCCACCCCGCCCCCGAUUCCGCCCGGUCCCGGCGCCCGAGCUCGCCACCCGGGAUGGCUGCCGGCUCUGCAGCUAAGGAGAACGCUGCUCCUUCUGCUUCGGACGCCGCCGCCGCCUCGGCUGCUGCGGCGUCCCGGCGGCACGGCUACCACGCUGUCAAGAGCUGCGGGGUGAAGAAGCGCCCGUCCAGGGCGCGGUUGCUGCGCCGAAUCCCGCUCCGGGACAUCACCAACCUGAUUGAGGCGGUCUCGGCGGUCCCGGGGCCCGAGGCUCCGCUUGGGCAGGAGGUUUCACCGGCUGUGGCGACGGAGUUGACCAAGCCCGAUGCGGUGCUGCCGGCGGUGGUUAGACUGGCAGCGCUGCAGGAUGGAGACGCUGCUCGCCCGGCCGCGAAGGCGGCGAGUUACUCGCUCCGGAAGGGGUUCAGAUAGGCGUCCACUGUACAGUAUAGAACAGGAGCCUCUCGCUUCGUGGCCCAAUUUCUCGUUGGAUUUGAUUGCAUUUCGAUUACAGUGGAUUGGUUGGUUGGUUUCCUCUUUUCUGUACUCUCUUUCUUUGAUUCAGUUCUGAUGAUAGGAAAUAAGUUGUACCCAAAGGAAAAAAAUGAAUAAAUUGCAAAAUCAUAGAUUGAUUUGUUCCU